CCUUUCAGUGCAAAUCUUCUCUCUUCUUUCUUGCUUCUUUUCUACCUCUUUUUUCUUCUUCCUCUUCUUCAUUCAAAGAAAAAAGGGAGAGAAGCAGGCGAGAAUUGGUCAUCCUCAUACAUAUCCCCUUCUUACAAUACUACCUUUUUUCAUUGCCCAUUGCAUUUUUCAUAUCAAUACAUCACAUCACACUACCACUCUCAUACAUUGCAUUUAUUUACUCUUAUUCAUAUCUAUAUUCAUCUCUUUUCUUUGUUAUAUUAUAUUACUCCUUUCGCCUUGCUUUAAUCCAUCAUUUAUAUGCCGAGCAAUAUGUCUUCGUUAGCGCAGCAACUGAAGAGGAUCGGCACCACAGAUGCCAAUAAGGGUUCUGAAAAGUCUGCGAAACAUCGUGCCUCGUUCCUUUUUGAUUCAAAACAGGCAGCUGACUAUGACAUUGACACGAUAUUCUCGAUUGGUGCCAAUGGUAUCGCAGAGUUGAAGCAACUGGACCCUAAAUUUGCACCUUUCGAACAGACUCUCUUUGGGGAAUCAAUGAAGAGUGUUGAUAGAGUUCUCCAGACCAAAGAAGACAAUGCAAAGUUGGAUGAGAGUAUUUCCUUGUUUCUUCGUCAACUAUCACCGUACUUUCUUUUGAAGCCCGCAGGGAAAGCAUUGGAAUGGCUUAUUCGACGCUUCCGUAUUAACGAAUUCAAUGUGGAUGCUAUCAUGCGCACCAUCUUGCCUUAUCAUGAAACGGCCCUCUUUGUCACCAUGGUGUCCAUUCUCCAUAUCGAGGAAUCGAGCCGUUGGGUAUUCUUGAGACCUAUUCGUAAGAGCAAGCAGCCUUUGGGGAGGACGCUGUUAAUUCAGUAUAUGCUCAAGGAUCGUUCUCUUGUGGAAUUUGUAUGCGAGACUGUCCUACAAGCUGUCACACGUCGGACUUCAUUUAAGACUCUUAUCUCUUUCUAUGCUGCUGUAAUGCUACAGUAUAUUGCAUCAGUACCAAUUAUCACGGACGAGGUCUUAACAGCUGUCUUUCCAUACAUUCUCGACGGGUUGAAAUCGAAAGCAUCUGGAGAAUAUCAGAUUGCUUCAUAUAUGAUCAUCUCUCAAAUUUCGGAACGCGCCACUUUAACAUAUGAAGUCCUGUCCUCCCUUUUCAACAGCAUGACAUCCACACACACCAACAGCUACCAGAUGGUUCUCUGUCUGGUUCACAUCUGUCAGACACAGGAGACGUUUGAUAUGUUCCCUGAAGUUGCUUUUAAGCACUUGUCCAAGAUCGAAGGAAUUGAUACAAUUAUCCUCUCAGUAAUCCAAAAGUACAAUGCCCAACGUUUCCUUUACUCGUUUUUGGCCGCACUUGCAAGGCACUCUUUAAAGGAUCCCAACAACGCUCGCAUCCUUACUACCAUUUUGAAAGAAACUCAGCAACCAUCAAUUAUUGUCUCGAAAGUUUGCUCUGCUGUCUUGGAUCUGUUUCUUUCAGAGCAUGGGCAACAACAAAAGCAAUUGGAGCAGAGUGAACAGCGGAAAGCACAAGAAGCAGCUACUCAUUCGAUAUUGCAGGUCCUGCAUCAAAAUUAUGCUGCAGACCUUGAUACUGCGCUUCACACAAGACUUGAGGAGUCAAAGGAAGAUGAACGUAGUGCCAAGACUCAUAGUCAACUUUACACAUUCAUCUCCAAGGCCUUCAGUGGCACUCGCCAUCAGCCAUUAAAGGAGUCCAACACCACGUUGUUCCUCAGUGUCAACCACGCAGAAGCAUCAAUCCGCUUUCUUGCAGUCAAAAAGUUGGACGAGAUUUUAAAAGAAAAAUCAUCAGAGUUGGCCAAUGUUAAUAACGAGGACACAUUCGUCAAAGACACGCUUCUGGCUCGCCUUCAGGAUGAUGAUGAAAGGAUUGUUCAACAGGUUUUGAGCAUGGAAGGAUUGAAGACUUUCGUUGCACCGCAGGAUUUGCUUCAGGGUUUGAUCAAUGUUAUUGCAGCCCCUAGUACUACCCGUGGGACCCGUCGCCACUGUCUUGUCUACCUUCUCACAGUCUUCCUCGCUAACAAUACGGAUCUUCAGGAUCAGGUUUUGCUCAUUAUCCUUGGCCACAUGAUGUUUACCAAGGAUUUCCAUAAGGCUAGCGUUGCUGUCAUUUCCAACAUUUCAAUUUCUGCAUUGAAAAAUGAACCUCUCUUGAAGAACGUAUCCUCGGCCAUCAAAGAUUUCGCAAACAAGGAAGAUGGCAAGGUCACUCCCGAGUCUAUGGUUACAGCGAACCUGGCAUUGAUUGGGACCCUUGCCACCAACUUGACUUCGCACCGCAACCUGUCUGAGGGACUCAACAUCUAUCUACAAGGUCUUCAGAGCAGUAAUAUUGCGUUUAGAUUAUUCUCCAUUUUUAUCAUCACCAAAGCCAUCCACAAGCUUAAUUCAGCAGAGCAACAGAUCAAAGUCGUUAGCUUGUAUUUGCCAAUUCUUCUCGUUGCCCUUAAAGCAAUUUCACCCGGUACAAAGGCUCUCAAGGCUGAAGUCCAUGAUGGCCUGCCUUCCACUACAUUACUCAAUCUGAUUGUCACAAAGUCUUUGCUUCCUUCGACGGAACUUUCUGUGAUCCGUUUUUCUCUGUUAAGCAUUGUUUCUGAUCUCAAGAAGCCUACCAAGACUAACGUCUCAUGGCUGUCUACUCAAGAGCCUCUCUCAGAUUAUGCCAGGGUCGUGCUGUCAUUGUAUUCGACUUUUAUUAGUCCUGUCAGGAUGUCGCCCUAUGAAAAGAUGAUCGAGAAGUUGUUUGAACUUCAUUUAACAUCAGAUUCGAUUGAGUUUUUGUGCCGUCUCUGGACGGACUCUUCUGUACCAUCGUUGGUUCAACUUCGCUCUUUGCAGAUCGCCUCUGCCAAUUUGCAGGCGUUUGUUAAGCAAGCUACUACAACAGAUGGUAUUGAUUUCCAGGUGACGAUUCCUACGAUUUUGAUUGCUUUGGCUAAUCCUAUGAAAGCCAUGCGUGAGGUCGCUGUGACCUGCCUUAAUUCAAUUACAUCGCUCUAUGCCAAAGUCAAGAUAACUGGCAAGAAGAGCAAAGGCAUGGCCGCCGACAUUUACAAGUUUGACUCCUUCUACGGCAAGACUUCAAAUCAGCUCGAGUUCUUAAUGCCAGACCAAGUUGUUGCAUUCACUUCCGAGUUGUUGAAGUCUCGCGAAGAGUUCAUUACCGACGGUGGUUAUCUCUCCAAAUUUCUGGGCGAAGCUCUUAACCAUGAAUCCAGUGAGGCCAAGGCCGCUUCUUCACUCAAGAAUUCUGUUCUUUCAUUCUUGCUUUCUCAUGUCCUUGCUUUCACACGAACUAGCAGUCGAGUGGAAUUAUUGCAUCUCUUAGAUCCGGUCCGUUCGUCCAAUAAACUCAAGAUGCUGUUGCCUUUGAUUGAAUCACUUGUUCACUCAACUUUUGUUGGGCAGAACAAGACAAGCAGUCCAAGCAGCGAUAAUACCAGUAGCAAUAGCAACGACAGCGCAGACGACAUCGACACAGAACUGGCUCGCUGUCUCAUCCGUUGCUUCUCAUCUGAGACUUCAUCUCUUUUAGAGGGCAAGUCUGCCAAGUACAGGAACGUGUUCUUGCAGUUGCUCAAGUUGGAUAACACCGCAGCCACCAACACUGAUACAGAAGAGUCCAGCUCAUCUAUUCGUCGUCUGACUUUGAACCAACUAAACAGUGAAUUCUUUGCAGGAUUCAACCUGGCUCUUCAACGCGAUAUCUUUGUGGUCCUCAUUGAUUUAGCGACCAAUGCUCCUCAGGAUACAGUCCGUAUUGUGAAGCAGGUCCUUCGAGAGAUUCCUAUUCACAGUGAACUUAUCAUUUAUGAGUUGGCCUUGAUUCAGACGACUCUUAUGCAGGAAACUAUGGUGAAUGAGGAAGGUAGCUCGAAGCGUCAGCGCAAGGCUGGUCCAGAAGACCCCAUGACUCCUAGCGCUACUGUAGAAAGUCUUUACCGUCUCGUGACCGUAUUGGAGCUGCUUGAAUACAAAGAAGUAGCUGAGUCUAACAAACUGGUGACGCCUCUAUUCGAACUCUUAUCGACUAUCAUGAACUCGGAUCUGAACAACAAUACCACUCCUGUCUCAAUUGAGUACAUUGACCAACUGAUGCUCUCUAGUUUGACUUCAUUUAUCCGUCAAGCCACUGAGCCUUCAGGUGACAAGACCAUCAAGUUGGAUGAAAGCAUACUUCGUGUGGAUCUUGUGGUCAACUGUAUUCGUGCAACUGGCAACCCUCAGACCCACCACCAAGCACUGCUGUUGAUGGCUGCAAUUGCAUCGUUGUAUCCUGAAAAAGUCCUUCAUAAUAUCAUGCCAGUUUUCACUUUCAUGGGUGCUAAUGUCUUGCGUCAGGACGAUAAUUACAGCUUCCAUGUUAUUCAACAAACCCUAGAAAAGAUCAUUCCUCCUCUUGUUGCAGCUCACCGUCAUCAGAGCAGCAGCACUACUGGUUCGGAAAGCCAGAAUUUAAUCAUGCAGGUCCGCCCUAUUAUCAAGGUCUUCGUCGAUGCUAUGUUUCAUAUUCCCAAGCAUCGCCGUCUCCGCUUGUUCUCAGUUUUGAUCUCAACUUUGGGUGAGGACGAGUUCUUGUAUGCGGUGAUCUGUAUGAUCAUUGGAAAACACACCGAGAGAGCAAGCAAGGGCCACCAAACUGAAGCCGAUUCAUUAAGCGAUUUUGCGUUGGCACUUUCAAAUCAAUUCUCAGCUGUCGUGCAGAUGAAGUCAGUGAGUACGCUCUUGGACAUGUUGCAGGCCUUGCCAAAUGAAAAGGAUGUUUCACCAGAGGAAAGCAAUGGUGAUGUGGACAUGGACAAGGAGGAGUAUCUCUUCGAUGUGAACUCACACAGUAACAAACAAAUCCGUCAAUUCAAGCUGUCGGUUUUGUUGUUCGCCUCCAAUGUGAUGACGUCCAAAUCUUUCUUGUCCAAGAUCUUGGCUCAAACUAAUACGGAUUCCUCAGCUGAGACAGUUCUUGAAAAGCAUUAUCUCCAACUUGCAGAACGUCUGUUGACGCUUGUUGGAACAUUCAGUCAUUUUGUUAAUGUGCUGGUGGCACGGAAGGAACCUUCUGCUGUAUCGAUCAAAUUCUGGCGUGGGAUUGUCAAAGUGACGUACGAUGUGCUGGACAAGGUACAUAUCCUGCUGUCGUUACCUUCGUUCAUCAAUAUCAUGGUCGCGCUCUUUGAACAUAGGGAUGUCACCAUUCGUCGCAAAGCUAUGGGACUCUUUAAUCAAAAGAUUUCAAAUGCUUCUGGAAGCACCACUUCAGCAGUACCUGCAAUGUAUCAGGAUAUGGUGGUAUCAGUAAGUGAGAAUUUGAGGAAGGCUGUAGAGGAAGAUAGAAUCGAGGGUGCAUCUGCGGAGGAAGUAGCGAUCAACAAACAGACGGCUUUGCUCUGUCUUUCGACCAUUGUUCGCCAGUUUGGUGCCUCCCAUCCAGUUGAGAUCUCCAAGAUUAUACCUACGAUCAUUGGACCCAGUGGUUUACAGCAUCCAAAUGAACAGGUCAAGGCUUCAUGUUUGGUCUGCCUGACAUUCAUGUGCCAGGAGCUUGGUAUCCGUGUGGUCCCAUUCUUGCCCAAGUUUAUGCCUGUUGUCCUCUCAAUCUUGAGCGGCACCUUGAUUAGUACCAACGCAACAGCCGCGGCCGCGGCUGCCGCAGAGUCCGAUUCCAAGAAGUCAAGCCGGUACACCAAUUCUGUUCUUCUUCAAUUAGCGGUUGUAUCCCAUCUGGAGGCUUUGAUCAAAACAUUGCCACAGUUUGUGAGUCCUUAUGUGACAAAGAUUCUCGAAAGUACGCUACAUCCAGUGUUGACAGGAUACGUAGGCAAUGAUGCUUCCAAACUUCAAAUCCUCGACAAGAACAAACAGCUACUUGGAGAGAUGGCAGUUCAUAUUCAACCUCGAAUCCUGCUUCCACCUGUCCUUGGAUAUUAUGAGACCGCAAUCAAGGAUGGCAAGGAUUCUCUCUUGGCGUUGUUUGAGCUCGUUGGCUUGACGAUCCAAGCCAUGCCUCGAGAUGUGAUUGCAGUUCAUUACAAACAAAUAUUCAAGUUCUUCUUGGGAGCAUUUGAUUUCCGUCGUUCAACCAUAUCCACAAAGGAGAAGACGGCUAAUGACACCACUACUAAUAGAACUAUAACUGUAGUUGAAGAUGCAGUAUUGGAGGCUUUCAUGAAACUAGUCAUGAAGCUGAAUGAGACUUUAUUCAAACCCUUAUUCCUCAAGACAUUGGAUUGGGCCACCACAGAGCUACAGAUCGCCAAAGCAUCCUUCCAAGACGUACAAGCUCGUCAGAUCCUCUUUUACAAACUGCUCAAUGCCUUGUUGGAGCAACUCAAGUCAAUCGUUACACCCUAUUAUGGCUAUGUGGUUGAUAAUGUGAUUGAAGCCUUGGCGGGCUAUGUCAAGAAGGCCAAGGAGAUCGCAUCAUUAUCUCUAUCUUAUGAGGAAACAACGACUCUUGAUGCAGGAAAGGAUGAGAUCAAGAGCAGAGAUAUGGAUGAGUUGUGGCCAUGGAUGAUUUCAUCAUUACAGAAAUGUUUCCUGUAUGAUAAUGAUGGGCUCUGGAAUGCAGAUCGGUUCGAGAAGCUGUUACAUCCUUUGGUGGAUCAAUUGUUAGUGACCACACAAGCCAGAGCUGAGGAUUCGGAAGAACAAGAUGGUAUGGAUGUAUGGAGAUCGUAUGUGAACAGGAUGGACACUUGGUUGGUCCCAUGUUUGGGUCAAUUGGCGGUCACUUUGUCAAACGAUGCACUGUGGAAGCCUCUGAAUUAUCAAGUUUUGCUCAAGACACGUGAAGAGAACAAACUUAUUCGUCUAUCGGCCCUUAAGGUCUUACAAGAGUUUUAUAAGCGUCUGGGUGAAGAGUUCUUGAUCUUAUUGCCCGAAACUAUACCUUUCUUGGCCGAGUUAAUGGAGGACGAUGACCAUGAGGUUGAAGCUUUGACUCAGCAAGUGAUUGCAGAUAUUGAAGUUUAUCUCGGAGGAAGUUUGCAGAAGUACUUCCACUAAGGCAGAAAUAAGAAACAUUUACGAAUCACUGAUUUUUUGAUUGUUCUCAUAUUCACAAUAAUAUUAAAAAUACACUUUCUUUUUAAGUGAAUGUGAUGUGCAUGUACACUGACAUUUUGUAAUAAAUUAUG